CACUCACUACUGUAAGUCGCUCUGGAUAAGAGCAUCUGCAAAAUAAAUUACAUUUAAAAUGUAAAAAUGCCUGCACCUCUCAGUCUAGAAUAGGACCUAUUUUCUCGGUUAUUACAGUGCAUUGCUGACAUUUACGCAUGUAAAAACUGGACAUUUUCAAUACAGAGGAAACGUGAAGUAGUACUACGUAUUCAACAUUUUCACACGUUAAUCCGAUCAAUGUUUCAAGUAUCAUUGUUUUUCAAUUCUAGGUUUAGCCCACAAAUGAUUGAAUGGAAAAUGCAGGUAGUGUUUUUAGAUUCAUACUGCAUACUAUGUCACCACUCUUAGUUUUGAUGAUGCUGCUAGUUUGCUAGUUUUGAUGAUGCUGAAAAAACAUUAUGCACACCCAUGGCUCCAACCAAUCAUAUCUUGCACGUGGUUUUCCCAUGCAUUGCCCCAUUAGCUGCUUACACAAGCAACAUGCCUCAAAACCUAAAUCAAACAGAUGAAAACUACUUGACAGGGAACCUUUUCAUUUGAAGAGCCAUUUCUGAUUUUACCUUUCAGAUCAGUGUAUCGGGUUCAUUUUAUUUAAUGGACAGCAUAUUCUUGGCUAUAUUGAUCUAUUAUAUUGAUCUACCACUUAGUAUCUGUUUUGUUCUGAUUCCAUUUUAAAUUAGACCCAUUAGAAUAAGUUUAAACUGUCCUGGUUGUUUGAUAUAAUCAACACUGAAAGUUUCUUGCCCAAUUCACCCCUGAUUUUGUACCCCGAUGAGGACCCAUUUUGACCCAUGAAAAGUCAAAAUGCAGUUCAUGAAUAUGUAUAGCCAACAACUUUUUCCCUGGGCCAUUGUUGACCACACUGCAUCCAAAACUGCUGAUAGUAAGACCAUUUCAUGUACACGUCUGCAUCUUGUCUGUGAAAAGUAACACCUAAACUUACUGAGUGGGUAAAAUGCUGUUUAACUGAAGUCCUUAACUUCUCUUUUUCUGUUGUGACAUUAGUCCAUGUACAUGGGUAUAUAAGUCUAUCUGCGGACAGAUUUUCAAGAUGCUGACCUAACAGGUGGGGACACGUUUUUAAAUUUCAAGUGCUUUGUAGGGUUAUAUUAUUUAAAGACAAAUAUCAGUUCCUGUACUGUUGGUACCAUUUCAAAGCCUUUAGGUGCAUUACAUGAAUCAUUUGCUUCAUGACGCUGAUAUGUGCUGAUUCAACACAUUUGACAGAGGGAUUUGACAGCCCUUAUAGUUUCCCUAACUUUGGUAUUCUAAUCUACAGGGUCCCUCAUCAUUGACUUUGAGAUGCAGUGUUUCCAGAUGAUUGCGUUAGCUGUUCCUGUGUUCUUUGCUAUGCUAUCAUCCUACACAGUGUGCUCGGUAGGGAAUGCCAGUUCUGUUGGGUUUAAGAUUUGGAAGUUUGAGGAUCAACCUUUGGUGAUGCAACUUGCUGCUGUCUACAAGGAAAUGGAACACUUCAAAUGUGAACAAACAAAUAUCAGGCAGCAGCUGGAGGCCCUGAAUCAGAUGCUGACAAGCCCUAAGAAUGACACUACAACAGAAAUAGGCAGCACUUCUCUUGUUUACCCCCCAAACCAUGGAGAGGAGGACAUUGUGCGGUCAUCAGAGGAAGAAGACUCCACGCGACCCUUUGAUCCCUGCUUCCGCUACACCGUCCUGGACCAGCCCUGGAGGGCCACUAACACCAGCAUCAAGAACAAGAUGUGUGACCGCAACGUCAAGUGGCGAGGCUGGUACCGCCUGUUCUACAAGGGCAACAGUCUGCAGAUGCCCGAGAGGUGUGUGCCCAUGAACAAGUGUGGCACCCACGCCCCCCUGUGGCUGGCCGGGCCUCACCCGAAGAGGAGGGAAGGGAUCGUCACCCGCAAGGUCUGCGGCCACUGGAACAAGAACUGCUGUGCUUUCAAGUCCACACCCAUCAAAGUGAAGAAGUGCCAGGGCAAUUAUUACGUCUAUAAGUUAACCAAACCGACGACAUGUCACCUGGCCUACUGUGCAGAUAUCAACACCAUUGUGUGUGGAAAGUGCAGGAAAAGCGAGACCUGUGUAAGUCGAGACAAUAUAAACUGGAGGUGUAAGAAGAAGCCAAGACCCCUGAAGAGAAAAGUCCACUUCUUUGCCUCCUAUCCCGGGCCCAUCUCAGGCAAGGUGAACCGCAUCAAGUACAGGACUGUCCUUGUGAACGUUGGGCGAGCCUUCAACCAGAGGACCGGGGUGUUCCAGGCUCCUGUCAAAGGAGUCUACCAGUUCUUCUUCUCCACACAGAGUGGGAAACAUGGUGUCAAGACAGACCUAUGGUUGGUGAUCAAUGGUUACUGGGUGGCUGUCUCUCACACCAAAAUCAGUAGUCCCUCUACUGUGGGUAAUCUGUCCACUUAUAUGACCUUUCUGCGCAGAGGGUCCCUGGUGUAUGUGACCCAAGACUGUGGUAGCUCUUGGGCCACUGAUUCAUCCAAUACCAUCACAUUUGGUGGGUCACUGCUUGUUCAGUCGAAAAGGUAGACUAAAGCCAAUAUGUGUCUGUUUUCAUUUAGUAUAUGAUUCUUAUUUACAGAUUUAAUGGUGUUUCUGUCAAAACAGCGUUGCAGUUGAAAACACUUCUUCUAACAUUGAAUUAUUUAUUUUGGUCAUUUAGCAUAGUCUACACUCAUGUCCAGAGCAACUUACAGUCAGAUGCAUGGACAUCAAUCAUUUGGCUUAAAAUAAAUACUGUAUGUUGCUUCUGUA